AUGCAAAGAUAUUUACACUAUCAUGACAUUUCAGAGAAUGCCGAGAAACCGGGUUUUCUCUCUUCUGAGACUUAUGAUAAGGAGUGACAAGAAAGUUUUGACUUAAUGGUUAGGUCAAGGUGUCUCCUUUUGCCUGAGAAGUUGCAUCAAAAAGGCUCCCCAACCAACUUGGCUACCCUCAACCAUAUUGCUCAGUCUUUUUGCUUAUGCGAAGAUUCUAAAGCUCAAAAAUCUAAAAAUAAAGAAAUAAACCCAACUGCACUUCAAAUUAAUCAGACUUCCUUCCCGGAUCUCUGAAAUGCAAAAGAUCAGCAAAUAUGCAAUGGAAAGAGCUACACUGAGUUUAAAGGGGAAAAUUUAGAUGCUGAAUGGCUGGAGACUCCUCCAAGGCACUAUAAAGUUAAAAGAGCAAGCAUUAAUCUAAUGGAAGGCAUGAGAUAUAAAACACUUUAUAAACACAACAAGGCCACAGGCAGAGUUCUGAGAUAUUUCAUCUGUAAAUACGAUAAUUGUAACAAAGUGUACAAUAAGACUUGGAAUUUCAUGGAUCAUGCAAGAACUCACACUGGAGAGAAGCCUUAUAAGUGAAGUCUAUGUGGUAAAGGAUUUGCACAGAAAGGAAACUAUAACAAGCACGUUUCUUUACAUCAAGAACUUGAUAAUAAUUCUUCAUAAUUGCAUUAAAAAA